GUGGGAAAAUAAGAGUUGCAUUGCACUGUACUGACAGGUAGAAAGCUCAUGACUGUUUUUGCUACGGAAAAUGGAGAAUCUUGUAUCAAAUUGCCGCGAUUCUAAUAUUAAAAGCGAAUGUAGUUAUUCGUUAUCAUAUGUUUACAACAUGGAUACCGGUUUAGUGGAAGCGCUGCCAGCAACCGCCAUCGAAAGUAGCAUGGUUGACGAAUUCGGCAGCAGUUCUGUUGCAGCUUCGCGGGAGCGGCCCGGAGGCGAGUCGGUCCUCCCCGUUAGAAAUGGGCACGGGGAAUUGACCAAAGGCAUCAAAGGAGGUGGAGAUGGACUCGAGUCGGGUCAGCUUGACAAUUCUCAAGAACUCCACCACCAGGGGAGAGGUAAUUCCCAGUCUGAAAUUUCCCAGAAUGGAGACUGUUUGUUUGUUAAUUCUGCGCAGACGACGCACCCGAUCAAUUUUUGCGUAUCGAUAGCCGAUAACGAUCACGAGCUGAGGGCUGUUGGAGAUGGAGGCAGAUGCGACUUGAACGGAAACGAAUUGUUGGAGAAGAUCGUGAAAACUACAAUAGGGGACAUUUCUUACUCUCAUAUGUGGAAACAUCAAGAAUAUCAAUCACUGUCGGUUGAAUAUGAUAGAAUCGAAAAGGUGAACGAGCUCGUCGACGAAUCCCAAUUAUCUGAACGACCUACUUACGGCGACAUCCUUGCCGCCACUGACAUACUUCAUUACGAACAGCGAGAACAUGAAGUCAAUAUGAUUUCGAUUGUAGAUGCGCACAAAAGCAUCAGCUCGAGCAUGGCACCAGCUACCAGAUUUAUGAAUAGUUCGACUUCGGAUGCGUCGAUGACGAAUUAUACUUUUUCUUCGACGAACCUCGUCGUCCUCGAUAUUCCCCGGAGAGCAGAGCAAUGCCCAGAAAAUGGAGAGGUCAUUUACGUACAGGACGAUGAAGCAUCAGAUGAAUCUCAGGCAAACAUUUGUCGACAAUCGCUAAAGAUUGAUGAGAAGUUCGUACACGAAUCUGAGAAAAGCCGGUUGCUCAUCCCGCAUCAUCUUCCAGCGGAGCCGGAGAACGAGAUUGUAAUGAUAGACGAUGGGGAAGAUUCGGCAGAGUCGAGGGUUGACAAACCUUGCGUGGUGAUUUUCGAGAAUUCAUUAUCGGAAAGGACCGCCAUCCCUAGACUGGACAUACCUCACGAAAAUCGUGAUUUGAAGAUUAUCCGCGAAGCUGACGAUAAAAAAGAUGAAUUUCCAGUGCCGCCAAGUAUAAGCCGUCAGCUUGGAAUGUUUGGAACAACAGAUCAUGAUGAUGUCAGUGAACAAGAUCAUGAUCAUUAUGAGAAUGAACAAAAUGACGAUGACCGUCCAGCUGAAAGCGACAAUGAUUUUCACAAUGUUUUGACUUUACAAUCGUCACCAUCAACAGCAACAGAUUGUAACCAUGGUAACUGUCGCAUAGAAGGACCAUUAAUACAUCAUCAGCGUGUCGAUGACACAGCGACUGCAAUGAAGUCGACUGCAUAUUCGACUUGGUUGUCGAGAUCUUUCGGUGAAUAUGACCACGACUCCACCAGCCGAGAUGUUGAGCCGGCAGGUAGCAUUUUGCCAGCGGUCGCCGUGCCGUCUACGCAGCCCAUCAGACCGGUCGCCCUAAGCGUUUCACACCCAGCCCCUCAUCAGCUGAUAGCUUGCGGGAUGACAGGUUUCUCUUCAGCCGUACCUCCCCCGGUCCAUCCUCAUCCCAUGCUACCCAUUCCUUUACCACCACUCGCUGUUUUCACCCAUCCCAUUCACAUGCUACCAUCCACCUUCCCUUGGCAUAUCCAUAGCCAUGUUUCUGGACCAAUACCUGAACGAACACCCGGACGACACCCGACAAACUGUUCUCACUUAAUGCAUUCAACAACGAACACGACUACUGCGUUGAAUUCGACAGCAAGACUCGCCGCGAGCUACCCGCUCCUGAAGCGCGGCCGACGGCCUCGUCGCCCGCUGCUAACCGACAUCAUCCCAGCCACACCCCAAGAAACGAAUCACGGAACGUCGCCGCCUUUUACGAAACGAACUGAAGCAAAUGCAAGAGAGAGGGAUCGCGUCACCCAUCUCAACGGCGGGUUCGAGCAGCUUCGAAGAGUUUUACCGUGGGCGUAUCGUGGUGGUCGUCGAGUGAGCAAAGUCGACACGCUUCGAGCGGCGAUCUCGUACAUCCGAUUCUUGCAGAGUAUGCUGGUCGGAGCGGAGCUGUCGCCCACGGAGACGUUACGGCUACGAAAUGGAAUAGUUCUUGGUGAGUAG